AUUACUAGACGGUCGUUGUUAUGAAAGGUUGUGACUUACGGAAGUAACGAUAACGGUAAAACGGUAAUACGGUAAUAGAGUACUGUCGAAUUUAAGAAUUUAAAAGAAGCACGAUUACAAAGAAAAUAAUUUGAAUAUAAAAUAAAGUUUUUUGCCGCAUUAAAACUUUCUGGAACAAAGCAACGAGUAAUCCCACCAACCUUUUGCAAGAAAAAAAUCCAUGACACAUUAAUUAAAAAUACAACAAAGCCAUCAGAAUCAUGAUUAAACACAGAAGUAUCACAAUUUUAAAAACAACAACCGCCGCUUACAUUGUCUUAUUGCAUUUAUCCUCAUGGAUGCCACAAAUUACCACAUUGCCUCAGGGUGCACCAGAAACGGUGUGUGACACAAUGUUGCCCUUUCAUGGUCAAGGUAUACAGCCAGCCAAUACAGCACCGCCAUUUCGAAUAGAACCAUCAGCGGGCACCAUAGGCCAAGGUCAGACGCUGCGCGUCGACAUUGUUGGUGUGCCAAAUGAUUUAACGUUUGGUGGCUUUAUGUUACAGGCACGCAGCACAAGUACCCCAAAUCAAAUAGUUGGCCAAUUCAAUCCCUCCGAGGAUGGUUUGUCAAAGUUGAUGAACUGCGAGUAUUCGGUGGGAAAUUCGGUUACACACACCAGCACUACUCCCAAAAGGGUUAUCAGUUUGGAAUGGCAAUCUCCGGUGGAUUUCGAAGGAGAAAUUGUGUUCAAUUCUACAGUAGCCCAAAGUUAUGACACUUUCUGGGUAGGAGUUCCUUCCGUCCCGGUGCGUGUGGUAAAGCGUGAUAUAGCACCUGUGGGUCCCACCACACCUCGUCCCAACUUCACACAAAAUACCCGACCAACCUAUGUGCCCGAUUAUGUACCACCCGCAGCUGCUGCCACACCAGAUGAUCCCUUCUAUGAUGGCUGUGGUACCAGCAAGAAUUGUUUUGGCAGCAAGGACGGCUGCGUCGAUAGCAAAUCGUGUGAUUUUGUUGCCGCCAUCAAAGUGAUAGGCGAUACGUAUGAAUUCCAAUUAAAGUCAAAAUCAAAGGAUGCUGCUUACGUCGCUUUGGGCUUGUCCGAUGACAAUAAAAUGGGUAACGACUUGACACUGGAAUGUGUUCCACAAAAUGGCAAGGUUUCAAUGUUCAGUUCGUUAACAUCGGCACCACCAGCUGGUCAAUAUGGCGCUAAUCGCGCAGUAGUGCCUCAAAGCUCUGCUCGUUUAAUUGAAAGUUCUGUGGUGAAUGGUGUCAUCUAUUGUAAAGCUCAACGUGAUCCAAUGACUAAGGUGGGCGAUAAAGUUUUCGAUUUGCAAAACAACAAAUACUUUUUACUUUUGGCCUCUGGUACAGGAUUAAAAGAAAACAGUGUCGGUUAUCAUGACCUUGGCCGUGUACCAUCGGACAAGUCCAUUAAUUUAGCUGAAUUGGCCGAUUUGGGAGGAGCUUCUAAACUACUUCUCAGACUGCAUGGCUGCUUUAUGAUUGCUGCUUGGAUAGGUACCACUUCGUUGGGUAUUAUAUUUGCGCGCUACUUCAAACAAACCUGGGUGGGCAGUCAAUUAUGUGGCAAGGAUCAAUGGUUUGCUUGGCAUCGUAUUUGCAUGGUGACCACCUGGUCCUUAACUAUGGCUGCUUUUGUAAUUAUUUUUGUGGAGAUUCGAGCCUGGUCUGGCGAACGAAAUCCCCAUGCCAUUUUAGGUGUUAUUACCACCGCUUUGUGUUUCAUACAACCCAUUGGUGCUUUGUUCAGACCUGCGCCAAACUCAAAAAAUCGUCCCUUCUUCAACUGGGCCCAUUGGUUGGGUGGAAAUUUGGCCCAUCUGCUAGCCAUUGUUACCAUCUUCUUUUCCGUGAAAUUAACUAAGGCUGAAUUGCCCGAAUGGAUGGAUUGGAUAUUGGUGGCCUAUGUGGCAUUCCAUGUUAUUGUUCAUUUAAUAUUCUCAGUUAUUUUGUGUAUGCAGAUUACAGGCUGUUCUGCGGAUAAUAAGCAGGCGAAGCGUGCAAAUGAUUUUCCAAUGGGCAAUAUGGGUCAUCACCAUGGCAUGCGCAACAACAUGAAGAGUGAUCGUAAAAUGGAUGCGCCGUUUGCUGGUUUCCGCAAAGGCCUUUUGGCCGUUUACACCGUGGUUCUCAUACUCUUCGUUAUAGCUUUAAUAGUGAUUGUGGCCUUGGCGCCCAUUGAGGAUGCUUUCGACAGCCUUAAGGAAAAAUUAAACUCAUAAAAUAGUACUUAAAACUUUAUUUCUUAUGCCUUUCUUUAGCUUUCUCCUCUCCUCCCCCUCUCUAUUUCUCUAAAUUAAUUUUAAUAAUACAACCAGUUCAAUAACCAUGGCUCAAAUCUUAGAUAAACUCUCUAACACUGCAAGGCUCAAACCGAACUGAUUUAGCGUUGUGACUUUUGAAAAGUCAACGAACGCUUUCUAUCUGCUAGAGGGCGCUAUUCUUUUGUAAUUUGUUUUUUCCAAUUAUUCAUAUACAGUGCUACUUUUAACAUCAUUUUGAUUGUUUUUUUUAACUUUUUUUUACCAUGUAUAUUUUUUGUUGUUAUUUGUCUACAAAAAAAAAAAAAUAAUUAUGUAAAAUUUUUGUAUUUUUUUUAAGUAAAAAGAUGUUACACACUAUACAACCGUUUUUAAAAAAGAAAUUUUAUCUCUAAAGUAUUAUUAAUAAAAAAGAAUUGAAAAUAAAACGUACUGGAAACAAA